AUGGCCACCCCGGCGCCACCAACCAUCUGCCGGCCCUCGUCGCCGUCGCCUGAUACCGUCCCAACGCUCGCUAUCAAGCAGGACGGGGCGGCAGAGGCACUGCGCUCUCUAUCGACUGCCUCGUCCAUGUCCCACGGAUCCGCCACCACGGACGCUUCGUCGCUGCUGUCCAGCGGUUUCGGGGCCCGUGAUUCUCUAGGCAGCGAUGCCUCGUCGUCUGCCUUUAGCCGCCACUCGUCGGGAAGCUAUUCGGCCAUGUCGUUGUCGGCCUCCUCUGCGUCCAACCCCAAUCGCCUCUCCGUGGCGAGCACAAUCACAUCGAGCUCAAAUACCACCGCAAGCGGCAACCCGGGAGAACAGCGGGCCACCAAACGCCGCGGGUACAUGCGGCCACAAGGCACCGACUUUGCUGCCAGUGCCCGCUCGCGCGAGAGCGUGCUGAGCCUCGGCAGCAUUGCCCACUUGCAGCACUACUUUGCCCGAACAGGACUGCUCGACCUCAAGGGCCAGCUCGAGAGGAAGCGUCGCGGGGGCAAGGCCCGGACGUUUGAUCUGUCACAGUUGGAAGGCACAACCAGCUACCUGACCCCUCGGGCCCAGUCCAUGCUCAUCCAGCCGUCGGAUGGCUCCACCGGUGGGCUCGCCGCCCAGUCGGACGUCGACUCGUCGUACGCAUCCAUGGGAAGCAGCCCCGAUCUUGGUGCACACGGCGGCGCGAACCACGGCAUGAUAGUGGAGUCGCCCGUUGAAGAAACCUUCAGCGACGACUGGUACCCCGAGGACUUUGAAGGGGCAGACCCGGCUGUGAUGCUGCCGCCGACUGUCAGCACCUACAUGUACCGCGAGAAGCCACUACCGAAGCCGCCCACCCUCAUGGAGCUGCGGACUGACCUCAAAAACUCGCUCGACAGUGCGUCCAAGGCGCUCGCCGAAGCACGGGAGGCCAAGACCAAUGCAAACGCGCCUGCCACGCCAGUGUCUUCUGCGCCGUCGUCACCAGCCAGACAGCCAAACGCCGAGACCGCCCAAGCCAAGGCCGCCGCAACAAGCUGGUACGAGAUCCAGGGCAUGCACAUUCUCGAUGUCAUCACGCUGGCCAUCCGCGCUGCAAAAGUGUACUAUACGAGCCACGAGAACCCUGACCGUCUCGAUGCUAUCAAGUCGGAGCGCGAGGUGCGUUCGGAGCUGCUGGCCGUCAUGGACGUCCUGAAGCGCAUGGCCACACGCAACUUUUCGGGCGGCGUUCGCACCGAAGAGAUCCGCGCCAUGGACUCUUGGAUCAGCAGUCUGUAUACCAUGCUAGACCGUGAGGACGCCAUGGUGGCAGCAGAGCAGGCGGAGCAGGCCAGCUGGACCUGGCUGAAAGAUGCCGACUGGCCUGCAGAUGCCGCCACCGACCCGGCCCGUGCUUACGCACGGGAGCGCGCCUUUUUGCAGUCGAUCCUCGCCAGUGGAUCCGCACCCGAAGACAAGAUCGACACCGUUUUGCCCGAGUGGACGCCGAUGGACCGAAGCAGUGCUGCACCUGCGCUUGCCACCCCUGCAGACGACGCCACGCCGACGACACCGACGACGCCAACUACGCCGACGAUGCCCGCGGCACCAACGCCUUUCCUGCAGCAUAUGCAGAACGGGGUGUGCCUGAUCCAGCUGCACAACUGCGCUGUGCGCAAGUCACGGCGGCGUUUCGGUGCCAUCCCCACCUUCCAUGCCGACACGCAAAAGCCUUACCGGGCCGCCGACAACCUUCGGUACUGGGUCAAGGCGGCCGAGCUGCGGUGGGAGGUGUUCUUCAAGAUCGACGCCCUGGCGGUCGCCUGCAACAGCCGGCCAGACGUUUGGCCUGUUUUUGAAGAUGCAAUUUACCAGUGGUGCCGAAAAGUGCGCGAAGAGAUUGCGUCCGAGGUUGUUUAG